AUGGAGAGCGACAAGAUUGAAACCGAGUCUCUUCUUGAAAAUCUCUGUGUCGGCCUCCCGACGAUCGCUCUCAAGGCCGACAUACCUACCCCAAAGUGGAAUACACUAAACCCUUACUUUGGCGCCGAGGACAUCACCGAGAUCGUCGACUGGCCUGAAUUCAAUUACAAUACCAUUAUUCAUCGAUAUGGCGGCAUUUUGAACUCGAAGAAAAUUGACUGUGUGGACUUCAGUGCUCCUUGGAUGCAUACCGAAGUUUGGCAUAAAUCACAACUGGACACUCGACUCGAUGAGUUGGUGAGACCUCAUAUCAUACGCACACUUAGAGCCGCAUUUGAAGAACUUGAGCCCCAGACUCAACAACUAAAUCUUAAUCCCGUCACUUUUGGCCACGGAACCACGGCAAUCACCAUCGGUCUCUUCUGGCCAGAUACUUCGUUCACCACUGUUGCUGAAGGCUACGCUCAGGGCAAGAAUCGAGCGCCAGGAGUCUUGGGCAUCUCGCCGAAAUGGUCUUCUGAAUGGCGUCAUUCGAAAUUCUCUAACGAUCAACACCAUUUCCAGUACAACCAAACCUUGGCGGAAUUGAAUUUCUACAUGGACGGACAUGGUGCACGCUGCGGAUAUGUGCUUACUGACGCCGAGUUGGUUGUUGUAAAACGCCUCGAUACAAAUGGUCGGCUAGCUGUCUCUGCACCAAUACCUUGGAAAACUGGAGGUAAUGGUCAGCUCAGUGUACGGUUAGGCCUAUGGUAUCUUGGAAUGCUUGCAGCGGAAGAAGAAAACUGGGCUCUAUAG